CCGAAGGCCUUUUCUCUUUGGCUAUUAGCCCAUAUUAGCCCAGGGGUAUCGCUGACUAGCUCCAGCCACGUCAAAAAUCCCUGGUCAGAUCAUCUCAUUUUUCCCUUUUAAUUACUGCGCAGCGCCUUCCAUCCGCGACUCAACGACCUUCGCGUCUUUAUUAACCUGCAUGCCGCAACGAUAAUCCAAGGGGAAAUCACAUUCUCCUUGGUUCUGUGUAACUAGCAGCGACCACGAUGGCUUUCUACGGUGCUCGCGAGAGGCCUUCCAGGACCUCCUCGCCCGUGCCUGCCAUCGACCCUCACCAUGAUCCUUUCGUGGCGGUCGCGUCUCCCCCUAGUUCCAGCCAUCACAGAUUCUCCAAUUUUGAUUCACAGAUUUUCGCUCUCGGACCCAAUGCAUCACAAAUACAAGCGAAAAAGGCAUUAGAGGCCCAUCUUGCCGAGACGGAUCGAAGAAUGGAAGAAGCCGGCAAGUUAGGCACCGCGUUAGUUCAACAACGCAAGGAGUUAAGUGAUAGAUUAAGAGAGGUGGAGAAACUGCAGGCAGAAGAGGAAUUAUCUGAUGAUCUCCGUCAAAAAUUAGCUGAGAUUGAGAAAGACUACAACGAUGUUGCUAGAGAGAGCGCACGUGCAUUCUUACCCAAGCAAAGAGUCCCUAGCAAUGAGGUUUCUGCUGGAUCUCCCUUUGUUCCCGAAGGCAAAGGUGGAAGGCGUUCCGUCAGUCCAUCCAAAUUCGAGGCCCAAGCAACGGGAUCUCCGACCAAAUUCAGUGUCCCCAACCGAAAACUUCGCAACCAGCCGGCAAACCGAAUCCACGACAUCGAGUUCGCUGCGGAAAUAAGCCAAUCUUUGAUUGCUCAAGUUCGCAACUUGCAGGGCCUUCUUGCUGAAAAGGAAGAAGAACUAAAGGAGAUCAAGAAUGAGAAGUCCAAGCUUGAAUAUGAAGCCGAGGGUUUCCAACAGCGAGUCAAGAAUUUGGAUGAGAGCGAGCAUCGGUACAAGGAUGAGAAUUGGAGCCUUGAAACUCAGGUCCAUGACCUCAUGGCGAAAGAAAGAGAGGCACAAGAUCGCGAGAAGAAGUUGAACCAAGCUCUCAACAUGCUCCAGGCCGAGAAAACAUUCAUCCAGAGAGAAUUAGACGAGGUGAAGAUGAGCCACUCCAAGCUUAGUGAAGAACAUGCCACGUCGAUGAAACACCACGACAUAGAACUCGGCACCGCGAAACGAAACAUAGUCAUCGCAGAGUCUGAACGCACUGCUCUCCGUAAAAAGAUUGAUGAUUUAACUGGCCAGAAUCAAGAACUCGCCAAGGCUGUGUCUGCUUCUCAGAGAGCGAGGAUUAUUGAACGCGAGUCGAUUCUUGGCAUGGCCGACGAAGGUUUCGAGACUGCUCAUGACAAGACGACUCCCGAGCAUUCGCCUCCUCCUUCGCCGGUAAAAGGAACACCGCGACAUUCCAUGCUUGAAUCGGAAACUCUCAAGACCUCUCUAGGACACGCUCAGCGCACGAUCCAGGGCCUUAGAAAUAAUGUCCACCGAGAGAAGACUGAGAAACUCGAACUGAAGCGCAUGCUCCAGGAUGCUCGUGACGAGCUGGAGAAAUUACGACAUGAUCCUAUCGUUCAGAACAAACGUGCGCGAAAGACCGAGUCUAGGGAGUUCAAGAAGCCACUGCGAUUGCUGGGAGGUCCGAGAACUGUUCGAAGCGAGGUCUUUUCCGAGGACUCGAACUGGGAAGAUCAACCCGAUUCCACCAGUCCGACUCGUUCUUCCUUAGCCUCGCGGGGAUCCAGCAAGUUCCAGUCCGUAGCGGAAGAGCCCUGCGAACAAUUUGAAACUGCCAACGAGACGAGUGAUGCCGCGUUCGAAACUGCACACGAGCCUUCAACUGAGACAGACGACUUCCAUACGGGCGCCGAAGAGUUUUCAAGCGACAGCGAUGAUGACGAAGAUGCUCUAACCGAGACGGAGAGUCCUUCUAAGCGUCGCACGCCGAGGAACAGACAGCCAAGUUUCAUUGGCUUGAACCGUAGCGGCUCUCUGCAUAGCACGGCAUCUACCGAGGAUGAUGAAGACUAUCCGUUCGAUCAGAACAACCGAACACCAACGAAGCUACCGCCUUUGCAGCCGAAGUUCCCGCUGCGUGUGGGCCGUGGCGCUCUCCGCCGAUCAAGACAGCCCAGCGAAGAGCCCGCGUUCCCGAGUAGUCCUCCAAGCGUUACAAGCAGUACGGCAGGCACCCCGCAACAGCGCAUCCAAAGUCUGGCAGCCGAAUUGGGCGAUUUCAAUAGUGAUAAUGACUCGACUCUGUCAGCGACACCUAGCAGGAGAUCCUAUAGGGGCCGGACCAUGUCACCAUCACCUCCACCGCCAGUUCCCCCGCUACCCAAGGUAAUUAUGGUUGAUAAUGGCACGAUGACCGAUGACCUUAAUAAUAGACCUAUGUCUUUGGAUACUGCCGCAAGUCGGUUUUCCACAUCGUCAUAUGGCUCUGUCGCUCAUGACCUGGAUGCAAAGCUUGCCAAGUUUCCUUCGCCUCCCACAUCGCCGCCGAAGAAGGAUAUGGGCGUGGAUUCUGCACAAAAUAUUGAGUCUCUCCCUAGAUCGGACGCGCACGCAGCCGACUUUGCAGCACUUCAAGCGCAGCACGAAAGAGCGCUGAAGGAAUUCAGCGAUGAAAAGGCGGCUGCCUAUGCUGCUGCUGUGGAGGAGCUCAAGAGCCAACACGCAGAGCAACUUAACAAGGCGCAAGCUGAUGCCAACUGGGCUCAUACGCAAGAAAUUGCAACGCUGAAGUCGAGCCAUGCCGAUGAAGUCAACAGGUCCAUCAGCGAGGUUCAGGCCGCCCAUGCGCGAGAGUUAGAGAACUUGAAAUCGAGCCAUACCGAUGACAUUGCCAAGGCUGUUUCUGAUGCCCAAGCCGCCUAUGCACAGGAGCUCGAGAUGCUCAAGUCAGCUCAUGCCGAAGAGAUCAGCAAGGUUAUUGCUGAAGCCAACGCGACUCACGCCAAGGAGUUAGAGUCGCUCAGAUUGAGUCACGUAGAGGAGAGCAACAAGUCUCUUGACGAAACCCGCGCUGUUCACGCACGGGAGGUCGAAGAGCUUCGUUCAAGUUAUGCUUCCCAAGCUGCGAAGGCAGCUGCUGAAAGCCAAGCGUUGCACGCUCAAGAAUUGGAUGCUCUGAAGGCUUCACUCGCCGAACAGGCGUCGCAGAAAGAGCUAGACAGCAACGCUGCGCACGAAGCGGAGUUGGAGGCACUCAAGACUUCUCAUGCGGAGCAAAUCGCGAUGCGAGAGUCUGAGAUUAAGGCUACGCAUGCCAGUGAGUUGGAGAGUCUCAAGAUGAGACAUGCGGACGAGAUAAGCAAUGUAAAGAACGAUAGCGAAAGUCGUCAUGCCGCUGAAAUCGCUGCUCUGGUUGCUGCCCACUCUGGCCAGGUUGACCAAUUGAAGACCGAAUUGUUCAAUGCCCAUGCUCAACAAGUUCAAGCCCUUCAAGCUGAUUAUGCCGAACAACUUGGCAAGGCGAGACAGCAGUCCGACGAAUCUCAUUCGCAGGAACUCGAGGCGUUGAAGGCGACUCACUCGAAGCAGAUUGAGGAGGUCAAGAGUACUUUAGUUGCAGCGCAUGCGACAGAAUUGGAUUCGAUCAGGGCAGCUCACGCCAAACACUUGGAAGACCUAAAGAAGGAGAACGAUGCUCUGCAUGCCGCCGAGAUUGCAGCGCUUAUUGCAUCUCAUAGCAAGCAAAUUGACUCCGUCAAGGCCGACAGCCAGGCAACAUUAGCGAAGGAGCUGGCGGCACUGAAGGAAGCCCAUGCACAAGAGAUCGACGCGCUGAAUAGUCAACACGCUGCUACUCGUGCUCAGGAGCUGGAAGCUUUCAAGGCGGCCAUUGACAAACAGAUUGAGUCUUCACAGAGCGAGGGCGAUGCUGCCCAUACCAAACAAAUCGAAGCUCUCAACGCCGCCCAUGCAGAGGUUUUAGAAGCUCAAAAGCGUGACAGUGAAACGUCCCAGACGCAAGCUCUGGAAUCACUCAAGGCCGCGCACGAACGGAACAUCGAGGCUCUCAAGAGUGAGCAUGCUGCUUUAAGAUCGAAGGAGUUGGACGACAUGUUAUCUACUCAUCUCAGGGAAUUGGAGGCCGUAAGACAAGAGCAUGAAUCCUCUAAGACCCAGGCUCUGGCAAGCCUAGUAGCAUCUCAUACGCAACAGCUCGAGGAGCUUCGACAAAAUCACCUGAAGGAGUUGGCGGAUCUUAGCUCUGAGCAUGAGUCUGCCAAGGCUAAGCUUGUAGAAGAACUCACCAACUCCCAGUCACAAGAGGUCCAAAAUCUCAAUCGGGAUAUCGAGUCCAAGGCGGCCGAGAUAACUGCAUUAACCGCUCAUCAUGCAAAGGUUCUAGAUGCACACAAAGCAGAGUCCCAAGAAGCGGUAUCGCAAAAGGAGCGAGAAAUCGAACGCCUCAGAGUUGCGCAAGAAGAAGCACAUGCUAAGGUUCUGCUUGAGUUGAGGAACGCUCACUCCCGCGACAUGGAGAAGGUUCUACAGGACGGAGAGGACCGCCAGUCUACAGCCUUGGAAGCUCAGAAGAAUGAACACUCUAGAGAGCUUGAAGAGGCUCUCGCUAGAGUAGCAGAGGCUCUGAGGGCUGAGCACGCCAACGUUCUGGAGUCGCUCAAGAAGGACUACUCUGAGGAAAGAGAGAGACUCAUGGCGGACCACACAGCGGAGCUCGAAGCUCUUCGGGAAUCCCUAACAGUCGCACCACCUACUCUUGGCUUCUCCCCAAUGACAUCGACCGAAACCGAGCCAAUUGAGGCGCGCGAUCUCAGAAGUCCCAGACGAGAAGCAUUCAUCAUCCCUCGGGAGGAUCGUCAUCAGCAGACACCCGCGAUCGGAUUACUCGGACGAAAGGGCGAGAGGGCUGCCACUCCAGAGAUUGCCGAAGACGAGACUCGCCAGUCGCCAAAUGCUACUCCCGGCCCAGAGACUCCGGAAUCACAGCGUCCUUUCAAGGAGAUGUCCACAAACACAAACGUCCGUCCUUCGCGCAAGUCAACAAUUCCUACCUCCGACCAAGGUGCGCAAACUACUCUUACUUCGAAUGGGCUGGAUCAAUUGUUGUCUCAAAGCCACACGUCUGAAGACUCUGUUACAAUCACGACUGCUCGUGGUGAGGUUACGGUAACGCCUUUCGACGAAGCACGAGCGAAGCAAAGGGCAGGCGAAGGCAGCGCUGUCUCCGCCCCUGACGCGAUUCCCCAGCGACGACCGGGCAGCUCGGCCAGUGCUCGAGGCUCCGCGGCGAAUAUGCCACCGCUGCCCCCGAACCAUAGGGAAGCAAUCGAAGCUGCACGCACCAACUCGGCUGGUGGAGGAAAAGGAACAAUGGGACCUCCGUUGUUACCUGCAUCGGCUUACAAGCCCUCGACUCCUCGACCUGAGACUCCAAGCACUAGACGCCCGAUGUCCGCGUCAUCAGUCAGAGGUACCCCAACACCACGAGCCGGCAGAUCUUCAACGCCAGGUUACGCGGAUGCUCAUUCAGCGAGGUUGGCCGCCCCCAGCAGGCAAUCAUCCAUGUCGUCGUUCACAUCCGAGGUCGAGACUAGGUUUAACAUGCGCAACGAGAUGGGUAUAGAUGCCGCAGCUUUCGGUCCAAACACUGAUCCACGCAUGAUCCAAGCCAUUACUCAAACCAUGAUCGGCGAAUACCUCUGGAAAUACACGCGCAAGACUGGCCGCGGAGAGAUGUCCGAGAACAGACAUAGGCGAUACUUCUGGGUACAUCCCUACACCAGAACCCUGUACUGGAGCGAGCGAGAUCCAUCGGAUGCUGGUCGAACGGAACUGAAGGCCAAGAGCGUCCCGAUCGAAGCUGUACGGAUAGUGGGCGACGACAAUCCUAUGCCGCCUGGGCUUCACCGAAAGAGUUUGAUCAUCGUCUCUCCUGGGCGAACAGUCAAAUUUACCUGCACGACUGGCCAACGACAUGAGACUUGGUACAACGCACUUUCUUAUCUAUUGCUUCGGACGGGCGAGGAGCAUCAAGCGGAUGCCGAGGAUGUGGCCGGCCAGAUCACCCAGGAAGACGUUGACGAAUUCAACCCUUCACUGGGCCGCAGGCCUGCGAACGGGACUCGAGCGCGAGCACCGCCAUCCUUAUCCUCCUAUCACUCUAGGACCACUGUUAACAACUCUCCUAACGUCGACAUAUCUAUGAGGAUCCCAACGCUGACCCCUACGCGCGAAAGAGAAACCGCGCGCACCGGCACUUUGGGCAGAUUGAGCGGUUACUGGAAAUCGAGCUCGAUAAACAGCACCUUUAGCAGCUUGAGAAGCCGAUCUCAUCUUACUCCUCAAGACAGCGCGAUCUACGAGGCCAGUGAAGUGCCAGACAGUGCCGAGGAUGUGAGACAGAUCAUGGAGCAGCAGGACAGGGACGCUGACAGGAUGGAGAACGUUCGGGCUUGUUGUGAUGGCAAACAUGAUGUCAGCCUCCUAGAUCACAAACGCAGUCGUCUCUCCAAUAGCCAUUCACACUCGCACAUGCAUCCCGGACGAUCGUCGACACCGACACCUAAGAGCACGACUCGAACUCGCGCAUAAUGGCUUGUCUUACUACAUCGCAACUUAUGACGGCUCCAUGUUUGAGCCUCUCGUGUCAUCCUAUUCUUGUCUAUCGCUCACUAUACCAUAUAAACUUUUGAACCGCCCCUCCUAAUCUUCUUUCCGCUACGAAGACCAGUCAUGGAUUCUUACGACGCCUACGAUUAUACAUUUUCUUUGCACGUUUAUUUAAUUCGCCUUUAUUCGCAAGGCCUCAUUCUGGACCUAUCUACCACGGCCGGGGGCUACGAUUGCAUUCGUUGCGUUAGAAACCGUGCCAGC